AUACACAAAUAAUAUAACGUUCUCGUAAUAUAAAAUUUUCGAAUGUUUAUUAUUAUAUGUAUCAACUACAUUUUGAUUAACAAUACUAUUUUGUGUUAAAUAACAGUUAUUUUAUUAAAAUUGAUUGAAAAUGUUCAAUCAAAGUGGAGGAUUACAAACUGGCACAUCAUCUACUUCUAAUCCAAUGCAAGAUUUUGAGGUUGUCUCUCCUCCUGAUGAUUCUGUUUCCAGUCUCGCAUUUAGUCCUGCUUCUAUUCCACAAAAUUUUCUUGUUGCUGGUUCUUGGGAUUGCAAUGUUCGUUGCUGGGAAGUUGAACAAUCCGGCAAAACAGUUCCUAAAUCGAUGCAAUCCAUGGCAGCCCCAGUUCUCGAUGUUUGUUGGAGCGAUGAUGGAACAAAAGUAUUCAUGGCAUCUUGUGAUAAAACUGCAAAAUGUUGGGACUUAGCUUCAAACCAGGCUAUUCAAGUUGCAGCACAUGAUGCACCUAUUAAAACUUGUCAUUGGAUUAAAGCAAGUACAUAUUCGUGUCUUAUGACAGGUUCUUGGGAUAAAACAUUAAGAUUUUGGGAUCUACGAAGUCCUAAGCCAGCAAUGACUAUAAAUUUAAUUGAAAGAUGUUACUGUGCAGAUGUUGACUAUCCAAUGGCAGUAGUAGGAACUGCUGGACGUGGAUUAAUAGUUUAUCAGUUGGAAGGUAGUCCUCGAGAAUAUAAGACAGUAGAAUUAAGUCUAAAAUAUCAGUAUCGAUGUGUUGCAAUUUUUAAAGAUAAAAAAAAAGUUCCCACUGGUUUUGCAAUUGGUAGUACAGAAGGUCGUGUAGCAAUACAUCAUCUGAAUUUAAGUUCAAAAGAAAAUUUUACUUUUAAAUGUCACAGAACAAAUGGAACUCCUAAUGGAUAUCAAGAUAUUUAUGCAGUAAAUGAUAUUGCAUUUCAUCCAGUUCAUGGUACUGUUGCAACUGUUGGAGGUGAUGGUACAUUUGGAUUUUGGGACAAAGAUGCAAGAACUAAAUUAAAAUCUUCAGAACCUAUGGAGCAACCAAUUACUCGGUGUUGCUUUAAUCACAAUGGGCAAAUAUUUGCAUAUGCAGUAUCAUAUGAUUGGUCAAAAGGCCAUGAAUAUUAUAAUCCAGCUAAAAAAAAUUCCAUAUUCCUUAGACCAUGUUUUGAAGAACUAAAACCUAAAGCGUCACCGUAAGACCAGAGGAACACCAUAUAAUCAGGCUAAGAAUUCUGAAUUCUGUGAUGUGUUUUAAGAUAAUAGGUUUUAUAAUUACAGAAUAUACUGUUUACAUUAAUAAAUUAUAGCUUUCCUAUC